UCAUUCUCUCUUCUCUCUUUUCUCUUUUCUCUCUCUAGCUCUCUUGGUUUUUUGCUAAAAACAGAGCAUUCCCUCUCUAGCUCUCACUGUUUUGAUUACCAGAAGUUGUGUCAUAUUGUACAUGCAAGUGUAAAUGAUGGUGGUGGAAGAAGAAAGAAGCAUAGAAGAAGGGCUUUUGCAGCUCAAGAACCAAAACGACGAUUCAGAGUGUCGUAUUACUGCUUGUGUUAUCUUUAGCACUUUUGUCGCCGUUUGUGGCUCCUUCUCUUUUGGUGUUGCUACUGGUUAUACUUCAGGUGCUGAGACAGGAGUUGUGAAGGACUUAGAUCUUUCUAUCGCGCAAUUUUCAGCGUUUGGCUCAUUCGCCACUUUAGGAGCUGCAAUUGGUGCACUGUUCAGCGGUAAAAUGGCCAUGGUCAUUGGCAGAAGAGGGACAAUGUGGGUCUCCGAUAUCCUAUGCAUCACUGGUUGGCUCUCCAUCGCUUUCGCUAAGGAAGUGGUGUUGCUAAACUUCGGAAGAAUUACUUCAGGGAUAGGUUUCGGCUUGACGAGCUAUGUGGUACCUGUCUAUAUAGCAGAAAUUACGCCAAAACAUGUUCGUGGUACAUUUACGUUUUCAAACCAGCUUCUCCAAAACGCUGGACUCGCCAUGAUUUAUUUUUGUGGGAAUUUCAUCAAUUGGAGGACGUUGGCUUUAUUAGGUGCUUUACCAUGCUUCAUUCAAGUAAUCGGUUUAUUCUUCGUACCAGAGUCUCCAAGAUGGCUGGCAAAAGUUGGUACAGAUAAAGAACUAGAAAAUUCACUGCUUCGGCUUAGAGGGAGAGAUGCUGAUAUGUCACGUGAAGCCUCGGAAAUUCAAGUUAUGACCAAACUGGUAGAAAAUGAUUCAAAGUCGAGUAUUUCUGAUUUGUUUCAGAGAAAGUAUAGAUACACCCUCGUGGUAGGAAUCGGGCUAAUGUUGAUACAACAAUUCUCAGGAAGUGCUGCUGUAAUCUCUUAUGCAAGUACCAUUUUUAGAAAAGCUGGUUUUCCAGUGGCCAUUGGAACGACGAUGCUAGGUAUCUUCGUGAUUCCAAAAGCCAUGAUUGGUCUCAUUCUUGUCGAUAAAUGGGGCAGACGACCUCUGUUGUUGACUUCUGCGUUUGGGAUGAGCAUGACUUGCAUGCUUCUUGGGGUCGCCUUCACAUUACAGAAAAUGCAAUUGCUUUCGGAAGUAACUCCAGUAUUAUCGUUUAUAUGCGUUAUGCUGUAUAUUGCAACUUAUGCAAUAGGCUUGGGAGGCCUCCCUUGGGUAAUUAUGUCGGAGAUAUUUCCAAUAAAUAUAAAAGUAACCGCAGGAAGUAUAGUUACGUUAGUCUCAUUUUCAAGUAGUUCAAUCGUCACUUACGCUUUCAACUUUCUGUUCGAGUGGAGCACUCAAGGAACAUUUUUUAUAUUCGGGGGUAUCGGCGGAGCAGCGUUGCUUUUUAUAUGGUUGCUCGUUCCAGAAACGAAAGGAUUGUCACUUGAAGAAAUACAAGUUUCACUUAUUCAUCAGCCCGACGAAAGAAAUCAAACAUAAUUUGAAAUAUUUUAUUUUGAUAUAUAUAUAUAUAUAUAUAUAUAUAUAUAUAUAUAUAUAUAUAUAUUUGAUAAAAAAAUGGUGUUAUAUAUAUGUUCAUAUACAAAGAACAUUUUCCUUUUUCUUUUUCAUUAUGUAAUUACUAUUUUAGUUUUCCGGGUACUUAGUCCCCUUUUAUGCAUUUUGACGAGAUGUAAAACAUGGCCUAUGUACAUUUGUAUUUAUAUCUGAGAAUGCAAAUGUAAUACCUUUUUUUA